AUGUCAGCGUCUCUUCUCACAACAACGGUCCGCAUGAAAGACCAAGACGCCAACGGCGUGUACUUUUGUGAGAAUUCAUGGCACACGAGCUACUCCGGGUGCGUGUAUGAGGAAGAGAACUCGUCGAUGACCGAGCAAGAAAUCGCCGAGUUCAUCAGACAUUCAAAUACUAGUCUGUACGAGAAACUGAACGGCGUCCGAAUCGCCAGCUCACACUUACCUUGUGAUGAUGACGAUCAUCAUGGAGAAACGGGCGACAAGUCUGGCGACGCGGACGGUCUGACACCAGAAGCGAUCGAGAUAGAGCCGGCCUCUCUGUCCUGUGAAACAGACAUCAGACUCGACAACCACACAGCUGGCUCCUCCGGUGCUGAUUGCCCAAGUGAGACCGACCUCACAUACACUUCCAGCCCGCCACCGACCCCUGCGACGGAACCAAUAGUUAUCGGCAGAUACCACUUUAGCUUCUAUCAGCACUGCGAACCAGGCACUGUGUAUUGCUGCUCCUCCCCAACCUGUCCCAACCCUCGCAACGUGAUCCCAGUCGGCAACUACUUCGGCAUCAUACGCGAUCAAGGGCUGGGUGAAGAGAAGGAUGAUCAACUUACCGAGUACAACCGAACCGCAUAUUAUUGUCUCGACUGUCUCGACGAAGUUGUGGACCGUGAAGAGCAUCUGGUACAAGGGCAGAAAUUGAUGGUUCCGCACCCGCAGCUUGUCGAUGGCGAUGGCGCACAGCCGGGCAGGAAUCCGAUUCUUCACAAAGCCCUGGAGAUGUACCCGGUGCUGCAAGAGAAGGACUUCUUUUUUGUGCGGGUCCCCGAUGACGAAGCGUCUGAUAUUAAGCCAGGAGAAGCCUCGAACUCGAAGAAAGUGAUUCGUUUCCGUCGCCAAAAACAACUCGAGACCCACCGCAUCACGCAAGAGUUGAGAGAGCAACGGUUCACUCACCUCCACCGAAAAAGAGAGACCAAGCCUGAUCCAUCUGGCCUCAGGAUAUUGCCUCCUUUGGAAUCGCAGCCAUACAGGGAGCGAUACAAGAAGCAGGGUCUCGAGUGGGUUGACCGGCUUGAAGGAUCCGAAUCCAGACAAACCAGGCGUGACGAAGACAGACCAGCAGCCACCAACAAUCACACUUCCACUCCAGCUCUUGAGAUGGUGGAAAUGCCGGUCUGUUAUUGCAGGGAGCCAGCAGAUCAAGGGCCCAUGCUGUGCUGUAGGUCCGCAUCGUGCAUGUUUGGGCCGAUCCAUUUUCGGUGUUCAGGUCUCAACCAGUUGCCGCUAGAUACUGAGGACUUUUGGUGCGACUACUGCAUGAGUGACUCCACAGGUCACACCGAGCAAGUCUGCGGAAACGGAGUGGUGGGAAAACGCACCUCUGCUAUGGACAAUGUCUUGAAUAUAUCCGAUGUGGGAACUGAUGAUGGAGAUUCCACGAUUACGGCCAGUGAAGACGAAAAGGAGGAGGACAGCGAAGUUGAAAGCGACACUGUUCAGUCUGCGCAUGGGUUCGUUGCAGUCAAUCAUGUUUCUCCUGAGGCGAAGGGUUGA